ACCCUCUUUUCUUGUUGGCCUUUUCUGCAACAAAGAAAGGGAAAAAAUGGCUUCUAUCUAUGCAAAUCCUACAACUUCUGUAAACACUUCCCUUUCAUCACUUUCUAGAAACAUUUUUCUCCAUAGUGUCUUUAAGUUUAUGUCUUCAAUUAGAAAGCGUUGUCAUUGUCCAUAUACAAACACAACUGUCCGCUGCACAAAUGUUCGCCGGCCGCGGCCAAAUUACAGGCCAGGAAGAUUCUCUGACCCUAACUAUGUUGGUAUUUACGAUACAACCCUUCGCGACGGAGAGCAGGCCCCUGGUGCCACUAUGACUAUAAAAGAAAAACUGGACAUUGCACGUCAGCUGGCUAAGCUUGGUGUUGACGUUAUUGAGGCUGGUUUUCCAGCUGCCUCUGACGCUGAUUUUGAGCUUGUGAAGUUGGUGGCACAGGAAGUUGGUAACAAUGUAGAUGAACAGGGAUAUGUGCCGGUGAUUUGUGGCUUUGCAAGGUCAACUAAGAAGGAUAUUGAUAGAACUUGGGAGGCUUUGAAGUAUGCAAAGAAACCGAUGAUUAGUACGUUUAUUGCGACGAGUGACAUACAUAUGAAAUAUAAGUUGAAGAUGAGUAAAGAAGAAGUAGUGGAGAAAGCGCGGAGUAUGGUCGCUUAUGCAAAAACCCUCUGUGAGGAUGUCCGGUUUAGCAUUGAAGAUGCUGCAAGAUCUGAUAGGGAGUUCCUUUAUUAUAUUGUUGGAGAAGGUAUCAAAGCUGGUGCAACAGCCAUUUGCCUAGCUGAUACUGUUGGAUGCAGUUUGCCCACUGAAUUUGGACAAUUAGUUGCUGACAUAAAAGCCAAUACCCCAGGAAUACAAGAUGUAAUCAUUUCAGUUCACUGUCAUAACGAUCUUGGCCUUGCUACUGCCAACACCUUAGCUGGAGCGUGUGCAGGGGCGAGACUAGUUGAUGUCACUGUCAACGGCAUUGGUGAAAGAGCUGGAAAUGGUUCUCUAGAGGAGAUUGUGAUGGCCCUAAAAUAUCGUGGAGAGGAAGUACUAGGUGGUCUAUAUUCUGGGAUUAAUACAAAGCAUAUAAGCGCGACGAGCAAAAUGGUAGAAGAGUACAGUGGGCUUAAGCUGCAGCCACAUAAGGCCAUUGUUGGAGCUAAUGCAUUUUCUCAUGAGAGUGGCAUCCAUCAGGAUGGAGUGUUAAAGAACAGAGAGACAUAUGAGUUUGUAUCCCCUGAAGAUGUUGGGUUUCAACGUGUUACUGGACACGGUAUUAGUCUUGGAAAACUCAGUGGGCGCCAUGCAUUGAAAUCCAAAAUGCUUGAGCUUGGAUAUGAACUUGAGGGGAAAGAACUUGAUGACAUCUUUCGGCGAUUCAAGUCGGUUGCUGAGAAAAAAAAGAAAAUUGCAGAAGAAGACCUAAGAGCACUUGUAUCUGAUGAAGGUUUCCAGUCUCAAGUUGCUUGAUACUUGAAAAUGUCAGUUCAGAUGCAACAGUUUGUCAACAAUUGAUGCAACAGCUUUCUUUUCUUUUAUAUUCUGGCGAGUUAUGUCCCACAUUGAUUAUUCUAGUAAAUGUAUUUAGAGUAUGAGCCUAUAGGCUAUAUAAGGGAAAUAGCAGCGAUAAGUAAGAACCAUCUUUGUAUUGUAUAAGCAUAGCAAAAUACGAUAGA